GAAGACAGGACAUUACGAGAGAGAGAGAGUAGACUGCGACAGUUUCCCCUUUCUAGGGUUUUCUUCCGCCGAUUAGGUGCGGCUUUCUUCUUCGGACGAUGCGCAGUGCCCUUAUGGCGGCGAACACAAGUUCGUUCCCCAACGGAUAAGGCCAGGUCUAUGAAACCAGAGACUAAAGGCAUGAGCGAAGGUCAUGGGCGAAGUUUGGACAUAAAGACUGGAACAUAUAUGGAUUCGAGGUCAUCUGUGUUUGGUUGUAAAAGUAGAGGCUUGGCAGAGAACAUGAUGAAAAAGAGGCGGGAUGAGAAAGAAGCUACAGUACUGUUGGCUCGCCCCCCUCCAGAAUCGCCGUCAUGGAGUGCAGAAGAGUGUAGGGUUUGGAAGAUGACGAGUGAAAUAUGUUUUAGUUCCAUUUUAUUUUGUUAGUGUUUUUAUUUCGAAAUGCAUGCUGCUUUGGUUGUGUUUUUAUUCCUUAUCGAAAUAACUCUAGAAUUUAAGACAUGUGAUCAGAAGUUUGGUUUGCCUUGCCUGUCAUUUGCUUCAGUUAAGCCCAUUACAUGAUUAACGAAUCUAAUUGUUUCUACGGAAGUGAUAGAUUCUAAUUCUUGUUGAAGGGUGAACGACAGACAUAUGUAUUUUUGUCGUUUUGUACCCUGCUUACGUUCUAUUAUCUUAAUAUAUAAGCCACUUUUGUUCAGAAAAAAUCUCCUUCUUCCCUUUUUAAAUCAAG